CGCAUCUUUGAUUAAGAUUUUGUGUGUUAUUUCUUGAAGCUCUAUGACUGAUAGAUAAGAGUUGUAGUAAAUGGCACGUUUGACUUCGCUAACUUACUUGAUAAUGAUAUGCAUAAGCAUCUUAGGGCAUUGGUAGAAUUGGAGAAAAUGUAGCAUGUUAUUUUGUUCUGUGAUUUCUUACUCUCCAUCUAGACUUUCACCUUUUCCUUGUCAGUUCCUGAUCGUUUGGUCUUGCAAAAUUUGAAGUGGCAGGGAACUCGGCUGGCAUAAGCAUACAUGCUGUCUUUGUUGCAAAGUCUGCAGGCGAAACACUAAAGAAGUAUGCUGGGUGGACUGACGUGGAGAUAUGGAUAAUUCCAAGCUAUGAGAAUUCAGCAUGGUCUAUCAUGGCAAUCUCUUUCAUAUCUUUGUUGGCCAUGUCAGCAGUUUUAGCCACUUGUUUCUUUGUCCGGAGGCAUCGCAUAAGAAGAGAACAUCCUCGGUCUUCUCGUGUUAGGGAAUUCCACGGGAUGAGCAAGCGCCUAGUGAAAGCAAUGCCAAGCCUCAUCUUUAGUUCUGCUGUUCAGGAGGAUAAUUGUACUUCAAGAACUUGUGCCAUUUGCCUUGAAGAUUACAGUGUCGGGGAAAAGCUCCGGCUUCUGCCUUGUCGACACAGUAAGUUUUUUAUUUACCUUUCUAAUUCCUUCUUCUGUAUUCUUCUAUGCCAGAUUUAUUAGGCUCUAUAAAUUUACUCUUUACUGUUCUGCAUGGAGUAAUGCAUGAAGAAUAAAAGGUUUAGCUGUGCCAUAUGGGAAUUUGCUCUCACUAUUGGCCAAGGUGGAUCUAGUGCAGUUAGUGAGAUCCUACUAGUCAGUUUAAGGGAAUGUUCCAGUAGACAAUUCAUUUGGUACUCAAGUCAAGAUACUGAGUACAUGGAACUGGCUGAUUGCCAACUGAUUAGUAGGCUUUUCUUGUGUAGGGUUUGUAAUCAAAAAUUGCUUGACAUUUCAGAUCUACUUGCACUUAUGGGAAAGUGCAAGUAGAUGCCCUCAUUGCAUGUAGAUCAUGUUAAUUACUAGUACUUCCAUUUAAUUAACUUUGUUGUCCACUAUGACUGAUAUGCCUUUACCCUAAUUUCCAUUUUGUGAAUUUUGCAGAGUUCCAUGCUUUCUGUGUCGAUUCUUGGCUUACAUCAUGGAGAACAUUCUGUCCCGUGUGCAAGAGAGAUGCAAGGACGAGCACAGGGGAGCCACCAGCAUCUGAAUCCACACCAUUGCUCUCAUCAAACCCUUCUUCAGUAGCUUCCUCAUCUGUUCUAUCAUCCUUUAGAUCCACAAUGUCGUCAGCUAUAAGAAUCGGUCAGCCAUCUCAGUCCCCUUCAGUUUCUCAUUUCCCUUCGUACUCCGGUGGCACCCCUUAUGCCCAUCAGUCCUCCAUUGGUUCGUGCCAUCAAUCAUCCUAUUCCCUAAGCAUGAGCCGAAGCAAUGCUGAUCUAAGGAACAUGUCUUCACAUCGAUCUCAAGCUUCACAUUUGAUUUCUCCAUAUGGUUACCCUUCCAUGUCGCCCCUGAACACGACGCGCUACACAUCCGUAUACAACCCAAGUCCAAGCAAUGCCUCGCCGAGCUUAGUGGGAUCCACGAGUUAUCAGCCUCGCCCUCUACACUGUAGUGAAUCUAAUGCGAGCUUCUCCCCGUUUGCUUCUACCCAUUCCCUUCCUGACUGUUGAAAGCCGGAUUUUGGAACUCUGUUCGACCUUGUCGCGGUAUGAGGAAGUUAACCAUGUCGGUGCAUCUUGUCAACCUCAUAUGUUAUUCAUCAACAGUGUGUUCGCUUUUCCUUCAAAAAAGCCCUCUUCCUCUGGUUGUAAAUUAUAGACGGGAAUGGAAUGGUUGAUUUUGUUUGUAAGAGGUUUCCAUUGGGAGAGUUUGACAAAGAGUGUUUGCGGAAUAGAGGCAACAGGGAGAAUAUAUGAUCUUAACCAUGGAUCUGGCUUUUGGGUGCUGUUUUUCCUGGUGUGUCUCUUUUCUGGAUGAAAUUGAUGUUCUUCCUUCCUGUAAAGUGAAUGGAGUGACCAAGUGUUUCAUUUGGCAGUGAAUUCCUUUGGACUGGACGUGAAUAGAUAGAUGAUUUAAUA